AUGUCUUCCACCUCGCCUUUGGGUGUUGUGGCCACCCCUUCUCUGGCCGAGACCCGGCCGCAGGGCCCUCGUUACCAUCACGGAGUCCAGGAGACUCCUCAGAGGGUCCCUUCCAUCCCGGCCUCGGUCUUCACCCGUCGGGACACAUCUGGCGCUGUCGCCGACCGCAGCAACAGCAGCAGCAGCAGCUGUCGGUGCCUCGCGCCCGGCGCCCAGCAGGCCCAAGGUUCAUACUCUGGGAAGAAAAGAACUUUGGCAGAAAAUACAUUUACAUCAAAUUUUGCUCUUGGUACAAGCUCAUCUUCUGCACGAGACAAUUAUCCACAAAACUUAAAAACACCAAUGUCUGCUGGAAAUCCCCAGAGAUCGGGUUUUAAAGGUUGGACACCACAAGUGGGAUAUUCAGCUGCAUCUUCAUCUGCAGUUUCUGCACACUCCCCAUCAGUUAUUGUAGCUGUUGUAGAAGGGAGAGGACUUGCUAGAGGUGAAAUAGGAAUGGCAAGUAUUGAUUUAAAAAGCCCACAAAUAAUACUAUCUCAGUUUGCAGACAACACAACAUAUGCAAAGGUGAUUACUAAACUCAAAAUUUUAACUCCUUUGGAAAUAAUAAUGUCAAAUACUGCUUGUGUUGUCGGAAAUUCAACCAAGUUGUUUACUUUAAUCACAGAAAAUUUCAAGAAUGUUAAUUUCACUACUAUCCAAAGAAAAUACUUCAAUGAAACAAAAGGACUAGAAUACAUUGAACAGUUAUGCAUAGCAGAAUUCAGCACUGUCCUAAUGGAGGUUCAGUCCAAGUAUUACUGCCUUGCAGCUGUUGCAGCUUUGUUAAAAUAUGUUGAAUUUAUUCAAAAUUCAGUUUAUGCACCAAAAUCGCUAAAAGUAUGUUUCCAGGGCAGUGAACAGACAGCCAUGAUAGAUUCUUCAUCAGCCCAAAACCUUGAACUCCUAAUUAAUAACAAAGACUCUAGGAAUAAUCAUACCCUAUUUGGUGUUCUAAAUUACACUAAAACUCCUGGAGGAAGUAGAAGACUUCGUUCUAAUAUAUUAGAACCUCUAGUUGAUACUGAAACCAUUAACAUGAGAUUGGAUUGCGUUCAAGAACUACUUCAAGAUGAGGAACUUUUUUUUGGACUUCAGUCAGUUAUAUCAAGAUUUCUAGAUACGGAGCAGCUUCUUUCUGUUCUAGUCCAAAUUCCAAAGCAAGACACGGUUAAUGCAGCUGAAUCAAAGAUAACAAAUUUAAUAUACCUAAAACAUACCUUGGAACUUGUGGAUCCUUUAAAGAUUGCUCUGAAGAACUGUGAAACACCUUUAUUAAGAGCUUACUAUGGUUCCUUGGAAGAUAUGAGGUUCGGAAUUAUACUCGAGAAGAUUAAAACAGUAAUUAAUGAUGAUGCGAGAUACAUGAAAGGAUGCUUGAACAUGAGGACUCAGAAGUGCUAUGCAGUGAAGUCUAACAUAAAUGAAUUUCUUGACAUAGCGAGGCGAACAUAUACAGAGAUUGUAGAUGACAUAGCAGGAAUGAUAUCACAGCUUGCAGAAAAAUAUAGUCUUCCUUUAAGGACAAGUUUUAGCUCUGCUCGAGGAUUUUUCAUCCAGAUGACUACAGAUUGUGCAGCCCUACCCAGUGGUCAACUUCCUUCAGAGUUUAUUAAGAUUUCUAAGGUGAAAAAUUCUUAUAGUUUUACAUCAACAGAUUUAAUUAAGAUGAAUGAAAGAUGCCAAGAAUCUUUGAGAGAAAUCUAUCACAUGACUUACAUGAUUGUGUGCAAACUGCUAAGUGAGAUUUAUGAACAUAUUCAUUGUUUACAUAAACUGUCCGACACUGUGUCAAUGUUGGAUAUGCUACUGUCAUUUGCUCAUGCCUGUACUCUUUCUGACUAUGUUCGGCCAGAGUUUACUGAUACUUUGGCAAUCAAACAAGGAUGGCAUCCUAUUCUUGAAAAAAUAUCUGUGGAAAAACCUGUUGCCAACAAUACCUAUAUUACAGAAGGAAGUAAUUUUUUGAUUAUCACUGGACCAAACAUGAGUGGGAAAUCCACAUAUUUAAAACAGAUUGCUCUUUGUCAGAUUAUGGCCCAGAUUGGAUCAUAUGUUCCAGCAGAAUAUUCUUCUUUUAGAAUUGCUGAACAGAUUUUUACAAGAAUCAGUACUGAUGAUGAUAUUGAAACAAAUUCAUCAACAUUUAUGAAGGAAAUGAAAGAGAUAGCAUACAUUCUACAUAAUGCUAACGAUAGAUCACUCAUAUUAAUUGAUGAACUUGGCAGAGGUACUAAUACAGAAGAAGGUAUUGGAAUUUGUUAUGCAGUUAUUGAAUAUCUGCUGAGCUUAAAGGCUUUUACACUGUUUGCUACACAUUUUCUGGAACUAUGCCAAAUAGAUAUACUGUAUCCUAAUGUAGAAAAUAUGCAUUUUGAAGUUCAACAUGUAAAGAACACCUCAAAAAAUAAGGAAGCUAUCUGCUAUACCUACAAACUUUCUAAGGGACUCACAGAAGAAAAAAAUUAUGGGUUAAAAGCUGCAGAGGUGUCAUCACUCCCACCAUCAAUUGUCUUAGAUGCCAAAGAAAUUACAACGCAAAUUACUGGACAAAUUUUGCAAAGCCGAAAGAGUACCCCUGAGAUGGAACGACAAAGAGCUGUGUACCAUCUAGCUACUAGACUUGUUCAAACUGCUCGGAACUCUCAAUUGGAUACAGACAGUUUACGAACAUACUUAAUUAAUCUCAAGAAGAAGUAUGAAGCAGAUAUUCUCAGGGUCGAACGUGUUUCAGAAAACUGA